GCAAGGUAUUAAUAGGAGCCCAAGAAACCUGGUCGGCGGCAUUUCUCGAAAAUCACGAAAGUGACAACUAUCGGGCGGAUUUUUCUUCAGCGCGCGAAAGUCGAUUGAUAUUUUCUCCAAGAUCGUAUCGGAUGAGAAGAAGUGCAUAAUUUUGUUCCGGAACUGUGUAAGCGGAACUAGAAGGAACUUGAUAGAUUUUUGAAUUUCGACGCUAAGUGUGAGACAAGAGAGGAAUUAGUGCCUUAUUUUGAGCCCAAGGAGCUCAACUGUCCGUCAAAUAGUGUUUAUACUCAAACUAAAGGAAAAUCUGCUCGUAUUCGUGUCGGUUUAAUACUAAAUCGUUCGUCACCCAAAGGAUUACAUCGAGACACCAAACGAGGCACCAUUAGGGAGAGCUAAGACGAUUUUUGGCUACUUACCAAGCCUUCAGUAUCUCCAUACAAGAUGAUACUACGAACGAGCCUAUUACUCUUCGCCCUUCUAGCAACCACCAAUGCUGUCAUAAACAAAAAGGAAGCAAAACGUCGUGAAGCAUCUAUCGCCGACUCAUAUGGUCCACCUCCAAAGGUUUCUAUAGGCCUUCCAGCCCCUGUCUACGGUGCUCCAGCUAUUGCCAAUUACCCGCCUCCACCACCUGAUAUUCCGCCACCAUUCCCACACAUUCCACAUCAAGAAUAUGGAGUCCCACCACAGAUUCCACAACCACAAUAUGGACCACCACCACCAAUCCCCCAUCGCGAAUAUGGAGUUCCAGUAUUGAAAUAUGGUCCACCAAAAAUCAAUGUUGAAUAUGGCGUACCCUUGAAGAAACCACACUUUAACGGCGGCGGUGGCGGCGGAGGUGGAUUUUUCAACUCGAUCUUCGGCGGAAAGUCUUCCUUGUUCGAUCAAUUCAAAUCGCACUUUGGAGUACCAAAACCGCAAUAUGGACCACCACAUCCAGUUCAACGUCCAUUUAAUUUGAAGAACACCUACGGUCCACCAGCUCCUGUGUAUGGUCCACCACCAAAACCAUUCAUUCCUCCAGCACCAGUUUAUGGCCCACCCGCGCCAGUGUACGGUCCACCGAAACCCAUCGCUCCAGUCUACGGACCUCCUCCACUACCUAUUCCAAAACCAGCACCAGCUUAUGGACCUCCACCUGCACCAAUUGUAAAACCAGCUCCAGUUUAUGGUCCACCAUCUACUUCCUAUGGUGUUCCACUUGGUGGACCUGGCUUUGGUGGUGGUUUGGAGCUGCCAGAGAAACAAGUUCAAAUUUUCAAUACCAAUCAUUUAGGAUCAGGAGGUCAUUCAGUUUCAUGUGACGGAUGGAAACCAAUUCCUGGACCAAUUGGUCAUGGAGCAGGACAAACAGGUUAUAAUGGAUUGAGUGACGAUCAGUUGAUUGCGGUUGCUUUGCAUUCAGAUGCUGGAGGAGCUGGCGGACCUCAACAACUUCCUGUAGGCGGAGGAAUUGAUUUCCAUUCAGGAGGAGGAAAUCUUGAUGUUUAUAAGUCACACUCUGUUGAGUAUUCUCAAGGAUCAGCCGGUGACUUUGGAGUAGGGGGCAUUGGUGGCGGACAUGGUGGUAAUGAAAUUGGUCUGAUUCCCCCAAGUGGUGUCUAUGGCGUUCCUCCAGGUGGUGCCUAUCAUGGAUCAGGUGGCGGAGCAUCAGCAGGAUUGGCAAUCAACUACGGAUCAGUGACUGGAAAUCUUAAACCAUGGAAUGGUGGAGGAUCACCCCCCAAACGCCCAGUACCGUUUAGUCCACCCGUUCCACAAGGGCUUCUGGAAUCAAUCGGGGCAUCUGUUCAGCACCUAGACGCUUAUGGAGUAAAACCAUUGCAUGAACCACCAACGUAUAUUCCACCACCAACCGUUGAAUCACAUCACCAUCAGCAUCAUCAACAACACUAUGAAUCACAUGCAAGUGAAAAUGUAGCUUUCACUCAGGCUUUGCCAACUCUACAGGAACCAAGAUUUAACCAAGCUCAGGACUGCGGACAUGGACCCAACCUACAAGGAGGAGGAGGUUUGGAUAUCAUCACAAAUCAAGUGACAGGUUACAAUCAUGCCUCAUCUGGAUUUGACCAGGGUGGAGCAACGGUUUCAGCCGAAUAUAUCACAGGCGGAAUAAGCGAUAGCUACGGACCACCUCCAGCUGGUAAUCCCCACGAUGUCAUCGGUUUCGAGUCAAAACAAAGCAGUGUAGCAGUCGCACAUGCAGGAGCACAAUCAGCUGCCCAAUCGUUACAAAUCUCAAAUGAAGUGAAGCCAGAUGAACUCCCUGGACUAGGCGAUCUGAAUGUAGUUUCGGCUCAAAAAUCACAUAGCGUGCAAAUUCCAGUGCAAGGAAAACUAGGAUCCUACCAACUUCAAUUCCAGUCAACAAAUCCCGUUGGAAGCCAAACCAACGGCGAACAGGCAAAUCAUGAGCAGAUUCUCUCCGAAGGCCUUCUUCAGUCAAUCCUCUCAGCCAUAGAGCAACCAAACGCUCCACACCACACAGAAGGAGCUGAGUCCAGAGUUGACCAUAAGGACGUGAACGAUUUCUUGAACAGUCCGGAGGGCAAGAAGGUUUUAGAGGAAUCCAAUGAAAGUCACAAGUAGGCAGCCCAGGAGUUUUGGAUGGUGCCUUGUAUGCCUGCUGUGUUUGUAUCUAGUAUUUAUGGGCCAGGACUUCUGAGAUUUGCAGUUCAGUUGGUAGUUAAGAUUGUGGAGAGAGGAUUAGAUUGCUUAGACCAUUUGCUUCACAGCAUCCGAUCGAAGGAUUCAGUUACCCCAAUACCACUAAACCGACUGCAGUCUCGACUCCGCCGGUCCAUAUUUAGUAUCUAUGUAUUCAUAGCUUUACGCAAUUUUUAAGAUCUUAAAUUAUUUCAAAUUAUUAUUAAUAUUUUAUUCUUAAAGUAACCUAAUUAUUAAAUAUCAGUUGAAGCUUGCGUUUAACGUGUGUCCUCACACUAAUCACUAUCAAUCCAGUGUUGCCAUAGCGAGCGAAUGAGUACAAUUGAGUGAGGCAAUCCACAGAAACUUGUAGAAAGGGCCGAAAACCGCCCUCUAGAUAACUUCAGUAUCUUUUCUAAGUAGCUGACCCGCUAGUUUUCUUCCGGUAGCACGUUUUACUCUAGUGUCUGACUGUGUAUUAUUGUUGUUUUUUGUAUACGUAUGUAUAUUGCACUGUAUCUGUAUCUAUAGUUACUCCAGAAGAUAAAGUAAUUGUGUUGCGAAAGGAAAACGUAAUGGAAGAAUAAAUAAAUUAUUUAUUAAUGCAAUGAAAAGAUUUCU